AUGUCUCUGAGUAACCAUCCCAAAGCCUAUGGCUCGGCCGCCCUAGCGCUCGCCUUCACGGCCGGCAUUCUCGUCACCCUAGGCUUCAAAGACUUUUAUCCGGACCUCGAACGCCGGUACCAGCGCCGUCGCAACCGCCGCGCGCGCAACAACACAUCCACCGCGGACCCCUCGCGGCGUAGCAGCCUCUUCUGGGGCCCGCCCGUGCAACUCGAAGACCACGAGACUGCAUCCGAAGCCGAUGAAGCGGCGGCUGCCGCUCUUCUCACCACCCUCGGCGGUUCCGCCUGGAACCCGCCGCUGAUCGCGGACGGCGUGGCGGGCGCCAUCGGCAACACGCCCCUCAUCAAGAUCCGCUCCCUCAGCGAGGCCACGGGGCGCGUCAUCCUCGCAAAAGCAGAGUUCCUGAACGCGGCCGGCAACACGCCCAAGGACCGUGUUGCGCUGUCCAUGAUCGAGGGCGCCGAGGCCGCGGGCCAGCUCGUCCCCGGCCGCGGCGACACCAUCUACGAGGGCACCGUCGGCAGCACGGGCAUCUCCCUGGCGACGCUCGCGCGCGCGAGGGGCUACCGCGCGCACAUUUGCAUGCCCAACGACAUGGCCAUGGAAAAGGUUGACCUGCUCCGUCACCUGGGCGCCACCGUCGAGCGCGUGGACCCGGCGCCGAUCGCGUCGCCGGAGCACUUUUUCGAGAACCCGGCCAACUUUGCGGCGCACCUGCACACCACCGGUCCGGAGAUCGUGUACCAGACCGGCGGGAAGCUGGACGCCUUUGUCGCCGGCGCGGGGACGGGCGGUACCAUCGCGGGCGUGGCCAAGUACCUAAAGGAGGAGGCCAACGUGCCGGGCCUGCAGGUCGUGCUGGCGGACCCCCAGGGCAGCGGGUUGUACAACAAGAUCCGGCACGGCGUCAUGUACUCGAGCACCGAGAAGGAGGGCACGCGGCGGCGGACGCAGGUCGACACCAUCGUAGAGGGCAUCGGCAUCAACCGCGUCACGGAGAACUUUGAGGCCGGCAGGGAGCUCAUCGACGACGCGAUCAAGGUCACGGACGAGCAGGCGUGCCGCAUGGCGAGGUGGCUGGUGGAGAACGACGGCAUUUUCGCCGGCAGCAGCAGCGCGGUCAACUGCGUUGCGGCGGUCGUGGCGGCCUCGAGGCUUCCUGAGGGCAGCCAGGUCGUCACUAUCCUGUGCGACUCUGGCACGAGACAUCUCAGCAAGUUUUGGAAGCAUGUGGCGGCGAUGGGCCUGGAGGAGGACGAUCACUCAGCUGAUCUAUUCUCAGUGCUCAAGAUCGACCCGGCGAAGAAGUAA